AUGCACCAUGAUCAAGCUGUCAACUUUUUGAUGCAAUGGAAGGAGGGCACCAAAAAUACUCAUGUACUCGGUGCCUCACCCGUACCCCAAUCUGACUAUAUUCUUGAGCCCCGACACCAUCCUCCUCAGUCGCAUGACGUUAUCUGCAGAAGUACUCAGAGGCUUCAAUACCCCACCUAUGAGGUUCGCAGUACAAGCGGGCAGCAAAAUGGGUACAACUCUCCUAUCAGCCCAUUUUUACAGCAGUAUAAUCUCAAACAGGCAUCUCUACCUCUUUUUGGCCCAGGUUUGGGUGGGGUAUUAUUUCCUUCCAAGAUCUUGGACGGGGACCUAGAGUCAAGUAGCUGGGAUCAGUUUUGUAAUGAGCCGACACUUUGGCCAACAGGCACAGCCAUUGAUGGCGGAUUGCCGAUGGAUGCUCAAAAUACAUGGAUACUUGGCUUACUAGCUAGUAUUACUGCCACUACAGAAACAGAAUGA